AUGGUCACUCCAGUGUCCAGUGAAACGCUCUCCAUGUCUGCUCAUAACAAAGCCCUGAAAACCACUGAGGAAACUGCUCUCCAGAUCCUCCUGCUUUGCCAGAUUGGGAUUGGAACUGUGGCCAACAUCCUUCUGUUUAUCCAUAAUUUCUCUCCAAUCUUCGCUGGCAUUCAACUGAAGCCCACACAGGUGAUCCUUAGCCAUGUGGCUGUGGCCAAUGCCUUGAUUCUCCUCAUCACUGGGUUUCCAAACAAUAUGAUGGUUUUUGCUCCAAGAAAUCCUCUGACUGACCUCAAAUGUAAACUUCAGUACUUCAUUCGCCUGGUGGCUCGAAGCAUAAACUUGUGCUCCACUUGUGUGCUGAGCACUCAUCAGUUUGUCACUCUUGUUCCUGGUACUUGGGGCAGGGUCAUGCUCAGAGGAAAGGCCCCAAAUUUAGUGAGUUAUUCUUGUAACAGUUGUUGGUUGCUCGGCGUCUUAAAUAAUAUCUACAUUCCAAUGAAAGUCACUGGUCCACAGAAAACAGGCAAUGACACUGAUUCUAAAAGCAAGAUGGUCUGUUCCACCUCUGGUUUCAGUGUAGGCAUUGUCUUCUUGCGCUUUGCCCAUGAUGCCACUUUCAUCAGCAUCAUGACCUGGACCAGUGUCUCCAUGGUGCUUUUCCUAUAUAGACAUCACCAGCGAACGCAGUGUAUGUCAGUGUAUCCCAAUCAGAACCACAGAGGCCAUGCUGAGACCAGAGCAGCCCACACCAUCCUGUUGCUGGUGGUCACGUUUGUUAGCUUUUACCUCCUAAAUUUUAUUUGUAUCAUCUUUCAGACUGUUUUAAUGGGCUCUCGUUUCUGGUUGAGGCAUGUAGGUGAGGUUUUGGCUGUUAGCUUCCCCACCGUCUCUCCCUUACUGUUGCUCUCAAGAGAUCCUAAGGAUCCUUGUUCUUUGCUCUUCAAACAUUGA